UCAGACUUUGACAGUGGAGCUGCGGACCGGAGACUCUCAGAAACAGACAACAGUUUUUACAGAGAAACCGCCGUGUGGUCACCUGUGUGCGGAAGAUGUUUCCCUCUGAGGAGCGUCUGACACACCUUCAUUCAAAGUUAAAGCAUGAAGGAAACGAUUGAGAAUAUGCUAAUGGAUUUCAUGAGUUCACAUUUCAACCGGAUAACGACUUUAAGAGCCUGCAGGUUAUUCUGAGGUUAUUUUUCAAUUCAGUGGGUCAAAUGAGUCCGUUAUGCAAAUCACAAGCUGUGAAUGUGGUCGUCAAUUAUGGAAAAUGGACCGAGGCUCCGACACUUAAAACAGUCGUUUUUACUUCCUGCAGGCUUAAAGCUUCAAAUACAGUUUCACUGUGGAUCUACUGCGUAUUUUAUUCAUAUUAUCUAUCGUUCUGUUAAAAAUGAAAGUAAAACUGAACAGUCCAGUGAGGUCGAAGUGUGCAGUGAAGGACACAGAGUCACCCAUCCGUUCACGCUCUGCUCCUGCCGCUGUAGGUACGCACACAGGCUGCAGUUACCGACUGCGAGCAAGGUCACAGGAAAAACGUGGACUGGAUUUUCAGUGAUGGGGGCGUUCUCUAUAUGAAAAAGUGGAAUGGAUUGCAUAACGACGCACUGAAUGGGCUCUCUCUAUUACGCUAUGAAAUGAGAUUUAUGAUCAUAUUUAAGUGAAUAAUGACAUGUUAUAUGAUUAUUGAUUUAAACUCAUAUUAUAACCACUUUGUAUUGAAUAUGUGGGAUUUUUUUGGUUAAAAUUAUUAUUACUAUUUUUAAUAAAACACAAAAUUAUUUAGGGGGCUUAAGAAUAUUUUAGGGGGGCUGAAGCCCCCCUAAAAUACGCCUAACAACGCCACUGCAUACAAUUAUAUAUGUUCAGCUAAAAAGAAAGAAAGCAUUCAUCACUGCUGGUAGCAACAGUUAGUUAGCUCAAGCCCCCAGCUGACAGCAGAAAGUCCCAUGUAGUUAAUAAACCAAAUGCUCCGUGUUUGACAAACAAAAACCUGGCUUGUGCACACACUACAGACAAUCUGCGCAUGUCUUACCUUUGUUGUUUUGCGGUCAAAAGUUACAUCCCAGCUCUGAAAGAACGCUGCUACUUAGCUGCUGCUAGCUAGUUAGUCUGAAAUGCACUGUGAAGGUCCUGGUUGUUUAUAGAGUUAAGUAUGCACUCUUUUUUUACCACUGUCGUUGGGGUGACUUCCUUCUGGAGCAUCAGCCAUCAGCCGUGUUUCUCACUUCACGCAUGGAGCUGGGCUCAUUCACACAUGAUGACCAUCAGUGGAUAAUAAUAAUACACCAAUAAUAAUCACUCCACCACCUCUAUUGACAUGUAGGAGUCAGGGCAGAGGAGCACAGGGAGUGAGAGGGGAGAGACCUCUACUGGAAAGUAUUCUGUGACGUCUCUGAAGAGCAUCCCAGAGUUGUCCAGGAGGAGUGAUGGCCGAGCCGAGGAGAGACCAGAACUCCAGCACACUUCAUGCAAAGGACAGACAGUCCCUUAUGUUUCAGUGUGGUGCCUUCACUGUCCUGGUUUCCCACACUGUUGUCUUCCUCGCCCUGAUACACUCAUGUAGAGGUCAGUCUGAGCUGAUCGGCCCAUCUCAGCCGAUAGUGGCAACAGUUGGUGAGGACAUCAUUUUGCCAUGUUACCUGAAGCCUGCCAUGAAUGCUUUUGACAUGACUCUGGGGUGGGUGAGACCUGACCUGGACCACAGAGUUGUCCUCAUGUGGCGUGGCGGUGUGGAACUAGAGAAUGAAAAACUUCCAUCCUACCAGGGAAGAUCAUCGCUGUUCACUGAUGAACUGAAGCAUGGAAACAUUUCUCUGAAACUCUCCAAAGUGAAAAUACAUGAUGAGGGAAGAUAUCGAUGCUUCAUGCCAGCGACGAGGAGAGCCCCUACUGUUCAGCUUGUUGUGGGUGCUGUGUCCUCGCCUGUUGUCCAGAUGACCAUAAACAGCAGUGGAGUGUUAGAGUGUGAGUCUAAAGGCUGGUAUCCAGAGCCUGAGGUGUUUUGGCUGGACGAUGAGGGACACUUCCUCUCUGCUGGACCUGCAGAGACAGUCAGAGGUCCUGAUGGCCUCUUUACUGUCCGCAGCUCAGUGACUGUGGAGAAGAGACACAGCAACAAGUUCACCUGUCGAGUCCAACAGAAGGACAUCAACAAGACCAGAGAGACACACAUCCAUGUUCCAGAUCAUUCUGAUACUGGUCGGCUGGCUGUUAUUGGCUCAGUCAUUGGCUGUGCUGCUUUGCUCGCUAUUCUUACAGCUGUCUUUGCUAUGUGGAAAUGGAGACAAAAGAAAUUCAGAAAGAAGAAGGAUGGAAGUGAACACACCCAGGAAGAAAAGACAGUCCCAUUAGAAGUGAUAACACAGGAUGUGAUGGAAGGAGAAGAUGUAGCACUUCUGGCAGAAAGAGGAGAAGAGAGUAAUGUGGAAAAUAAAGCAGAGCAGAAGAUCGACUCUCAAAGUGAACAUGAAGAUCUCCAGUUUGUGGCUGAAAGUGAAACUGAACGAGUUCAUCUUGUGACCAAACCAGAGCAAACAAACGACAUGGACAGUGCAGGAGGAGAGAGAGGAAUAAAAUCUAUCAAUAAUGACAAAGUACCUCUGACUCCAACAGAAGGAGAAACAGACCAAAUGCAGGACGUGGUGGAAAGACAAGUAAAUAACAACUGUGACGAAGGUGAAGAGGAGCAAACAACGAACCCUGUGAAAGAAGAUUCAGGACUUCCAGUGGUCCUGGAUCCAGAAGGAAAAGACCAGCAGCAACAAAAUCUCCACACUGACCAGGAGGUACAGGAAGAAGAAGAGACUCCGCAAGAGCCAGAGAACGAUGGUUCUGGAUUGACGGGACAGAAGAAGAAACAGGAGAAUCAGACAGAACCAAAGCAGCCAGAGGCAGAAAGAGAGAGGGUGGAGAACCAGAGGUCUCUUCAGUCAGAGCUGCAGAAAAGUAAAGAGAGUGAGGAAGAAGAGCGAGAGCUCAAAUCACAGACAGGAAACGGCAGCCAACAUCUUUCAGAAGACAAAACACAGGACGGGAGCAGAACAGAACAUGAGGGUAAAAACGCUGGGGAGAGAAAUCAGAGUAACACAACAGAAAGGAAAGAUGAGACACUGAAGGAGGCAGAGGAAGAGAGGAUGGAGAAUAAGCAUCAGUCAGAGAAGCAAGAAAAAAUAAAGGUAGACCUCACAGGAGGAGGAGAAGGAGGAGGAGGAGGACGAGGACGAGGAGGACAGCAGCAUGCAGCGCAACAACUGCACGCAAAAGAAGAAAUGAGAGAGUCGCCAGAGGAAAUCUUCAAAAGGAAAGAUGAGACAUUGAAGGAGGCAGAGGAAGAGAGGAUGGAGAAUAAGCAUCAGUCAGAGAAGCAAGAAAAAACACAGAAAGAAGACAGCAACCAACAUCUGUCAGAAGACAACAAAAAGGAAGACAAACUUGAAGACAGGAAGGGAAAAGAUGGGGAGGAAAAGCAGAGUGACGUUACAAGAAUGACAGAAAGGACAGCAGAGAGCCAAAAGAGGACAAUUAAUGAAAUACAGGUAAAGAGGGAGGAGAGGGAAAAUCAGCCUCCAUCAGUCAGGACUGAAGCUACAGAGAGGACAGACACAGCAGAGAGAACAAACCAAGAGCUCCAGUCAGAGACACAAAAAGGAAAAAACUGUCAGAGAAAUCAGGAAGAAACCAAAGAGCAGCCAGAGCGAUUCAACAAGCUGGUAACAGAGAGAGAGAGUGAAGAGAGACAGGAAGAGAGGCUGGACACUCACAGAGGAGCUGACUCUGAUCAAACUCAAGAGAAGUCAGAGGAGACACAGCAACAGCUCAGAGGAGGACGACAAGGACGAGGAGGACGACGACGACGAGGAAGAGGACAAGGAGGAGGAGGAGGACGAGGAGGACAGCCGCAGGCAGCGCAACAACUAGACGUAAAAGAAGAAAUGAGAGAGCCGCCAGAGGAACCCUUCAAGUCUCUCACAGUGGAACCCUUCAAGUCUCUCACAGUGAGAGGAGCUGAGUGUCAGGAAGAAUCGCUGGAGCCAAUGGAGACUGACACAAGACCUGAUCCUGGUCAAUCUCAAAGACAAAGCAGAAGAAUAAUAAGUGUCAAGAGUGAACAAAAACGACGACGUAAACUAAAGGAAGAUCUUAAUGUGGAUCAGCAACAGUCAGUCAGGAAGAAGAAGCAUCAGGAUGAAAAAGAAGAGCAAAAAGAAAAGAUUCACAAAAGGCAAAGAGAAGAACAAAAUGAGAAUCAGAGUGAGUCUGAGAUGGAGUUGACAGAUGAAGCUCGUGGAUGGGAUAUGAACUCCCAACAAGAGCUACAGGAAGAGAUGUCUCAUGGACAGGAUAUGAACUCCCAGCAAGAGCUACAGGAAGAGAUGAUGGAGCUUUAGGAAACUACUGACAUUCAGAAACUCAAAGAAGAAGAAGGACGAGGACGCCAUUGACAACAUUUACAAUCUGCAGUUAUUCACAACCAGUGAAUGACUGAACACUGUGCAGCUAGUUCACCUCUGGUCAACGAGGUCUUAUGAGGCUAAUAUUCAACAUAAAUUUGUCAGUCCAACCAUAAAACAUAAAUACCUGAGUACUUUCAGAAGUGUACAAACCAACAAACUACUGAUCUGACUUUAACUAAUAGUCACUGGACUUUUUUCCCCACCAUUUUUUCAUUUAUUGUCCAGAGUUUAUGAAAAUGCCCGUUACAGUGCAGACGGCCAUCACACUGAACCUGUCUACGUCAUGGAGCACACACAGUUCUGCUGUUGUGAGGCUUCACUGAAUGUAUGCUGCACCAUUUUCCCGUCAGAUCAUCUCACCUGUGUGGCUCAGUUUUUUGCCUCAUGGACUAAAGCCAAGCUAAUGUGAGCUAGCAGCAAAUGUCACUCUGACUUGUGUUUUCACAGUCAGAGUCUACCUACUUCACAUUAAACUGCCUGUUAGCUCCCAGCUGCCAUCAAUGCAGUGAAAAAGAAAUCUGUGUUUCAUGUCCUGAAACAACACACAGACACGCACUGAUGUGAUGUGGUGCAUUACAAGCCUGGCUGAUAUGUAAAUGUGUGGAUUGGUGUGACAUUUAAAGAGCUGAUUGUUUGAAACAGUUUUAUGUUGAUUUUAUUAGUGUUUUGGAUGUUUUUUGUGCCAUUUGAGUCGACUCAGACCAGCAGUGGAGGGACAGGAACUGAAUCUCAGGUCACACUUUUCAUCCAAAGAGCAACACAGCAUCAAAGCAGAAGCAGGCUGCAAAGCUGUACAAAAGCUAGAGCUCUCAGUGCCGUAAUGCAUUUUUCUUUUCACUCCUCUUUCUCAGCUGUUGUCCACCAUCCCUGAGGAGACCUGCAAAGCUGCAGAGUAAAGAGACAUGCAGACUUUUCUCAGUGAACUUGUACUCAUACGUGGUUAAUCGACAGUCCUUAUAUUGCCUGAUCCUCCCCAUAAUGCAGAUUUUCUGACAAACUGUGUCCAGUGAACGUGUCCUGUUUUCUCAAAAUAAAACCCAGACUGGUACCAACCCUG